CCUCUUCUACCGACGGAGCCGGCUCCUCUAACUUGCCUCUUACCAAGUUAGGAGCCUAACAUAGCCCAUAUCCACCGCACAAAUCAGAUCCAAUGGCUCUCCUUUUCCCAGUACUUUCCUGCCGCUGUUGCCUUACCUCGAUUCACGCCGCCACUGCCUCUCGCUCGAUUCAGGCCACCGCUGUAUCUCGCUCGAUUCAGGCCGCCGCUGCCUCUCCCUGAUCCAAGCCCCUGCAGCUGUUGCCCCUCCCUUUAUUCAGGUCGUCGUUGGUCUCCAUCACGGACGAGUGCGAGCUGGAUCGAGUUGAUGGCGGCGCAGCGAGGUGAAGGUGGGGCGACGCCGCAUGGAGGAAAGGGCAGGUUGGAUGGGCUCGCGCAGAGGAGAACCAGCAGCAGACCGACGAGCUUGGACGGCUGAUGAGGAGGCGAACUCGUGGGAAAGAAGGUAGCGCGGCGGCGUUGUUGGACAGUGAGCUCUUUCGAAGUGCUGAAAGAACCGGGCAAUGUUUAAAUCUGAUUUCAGAUGAUGCUUUAAGUCAUUGUUGAGACUCUCACUUAGCUGCGUGCUCCGCAUACCCAAGGGGCAAAGGGAACUACACAGAAGCAGCAAUGGAUGAAGGGAUGGAGCUUAAGGGGUGCGUUUGCCGGAUCAAGAGCUGCGCCGGCCAACUUCUGUCGAUGGAGGAGGAUCUGGUGACUGAUCUGGACGAUGACUCAUGGGACUUGGUCUGGAGGGACCUCCGGCUGAAAGCGACCUUCUUGUACAUUGAUCUGAGCCGUGUGAUCUCCCGAAGUGAGAACGAUGAGCGCAGGAAGGCGCUCACCCUUCUCGCCAACAAAUUCUUCUACUGCACGGAUGAGCUGGGUGAUGCGGUGACGAGCCGAAGCGUCCCCGUCGUGAAGAUGUGCUACAACGACACUGCUCAGGCUCUCCGUGAGUUGCUCGCGGCCCUUGCGCCGCCGCAGUAGCAUGUUGGGCUCAUGCCAUGUGGCCCUGUACUGCGAUGCGAUGCGAUGCUGUGAGGCAGGAUCAAGCAGACACAGCAUUUGCAUCUUCUGGAUAGCAAGGAAAGGAUGGAGUCGUGCCAGAAACUCUUGCAGAGGGAUGAGUCUUUAUGUAAGGAACGUAUGUGCCUGAAACUCACAUGGGCAUUUUCCAGAUGAGCACUGGCUAGAGCACCUGUGUACAUACAUGGUCCAAAUAUCUCCGCAGUUGAAGCAGAGCAAGAGAAAUAAUACCUAGCGUGUGGUUAUCUCCAGCAAAGUUUUCUCCUGUUUUGUUUCUGAUUUUAAUUAUAUAUGUCCGUGUUUACCUGACGGUAAUCGUUGCCAAAUUUCA